AUGCCCUUUGACAGAACCUUCCACCAUCCAUUCAAGCCCUAUGAUAUUCAAAUAGACCUUAUGGAACAAAUCUAUAAUGUCCUCACAGAGGGCAAGAAGGUUGGAAUCUUUGAAAGUCCGACUGGUACAGGUAAGACACUUUCUUUAAUUUGUCCUACGGUUACCUGGCUUCGUGAAAACAAGGCUGACUUCAUGAGUGGAAGUGAUGCUCGCCUACAUAGGGCAGACUCCAAUAAUCACGAAAGUGACACAGAUGGUGAACCUGAAUGGGUUAAAGAAGCCUACCAAAAUUCGGUACUGGGAGAAAACAUUAAGACCCUGAAAGAGUAUGAAGAAUAUCUUGAAUCAGCGGACUUCAAGCAGAGUAGUGCUAUUUUAUCUGGCGCGACAAACCCCAUUUCAAAGAGACGCCGAAAAUUGAGGCACUUGCCAGUCACUUUUGAGGAAACUGAUUAUUUACCAGAAGAUCCGAAUGGUGAUUCCAUUGCAAACUUUCAUGAUAAUGACAGAUAUGAUAGAUAUGACAGGUAUGGCGAUAAACAAAAGUUGAGUAAUGAAGUCAAGGCACUGCUUGAUAAGUUACACAGCUCAGAUGUGACCCAGAACAGCCCUAAAAUCGAGCUUUCUUCUCCACUGAAAAUUUUCUUUGCCUCAAGAACGCAUUCACAGCUCUCGCAAUUUGCUUCACAAUUGACGUUACCGCGUUUUCCACCGAGUUUUGAGGAAAUGAUCCAAGAAAAAAUAAAAUUUCUCCCUAUGGGCUCCAGAAAACAGCUCUGCAUUAACCCCAAGGUCUCAAAAAUCAAUGGUCAGAGCAUCAAUGAUUUUUGCUUAGAUACCAUCAAGAAGAAACAAUGUACUUCUUACUCGCAGCAUAAAGAUCCUCAAAUAACUCAGAGAUUUAGGGAUCUCACAUUUAGCAAAAUUCAUGACAUUGAAGAGUUGGUUGAGAUUGGAAAUGCUAUCAAUGUUUGUCCUUAUUAUGCAUCGAGAGAAGUAUUACAAAGCGGGGUAGAAAUAGUGGCUCUCCCUUACCAGCAUUUGUUGGUCGAAACCACUCGCAGGACCCUCGGUAUUGAUCUGAAAAACGCCAUAGUAAUCAUAGAUGAGGCUCAUAAUCUCAUUGAUACGAUAAACGCUGUAAAUUCUGCUGAUCUAUCCCUAUUCGAGUUACAAGACUGCAAAAGUGGACUUCACACUUAUUUGUACAAAUUUAAACGGCGACUCAAUGCAAUUAGUAGGGUCAAUUUAACGGGAUUGUCCAAGUUAAUUGACAUACUCAUUGCGUUCAUUGAACAAAAUUACAAAAAUGGGGUUCAGUUUACAACCCAUGAAAUAUUUAGCGGUACAAAUGCGGAUUUGCUAAACAUUCACCAAUUAGACAAAUACAUGAGUACAUCUAAAAUCGCUUUCAAGAUUGACACAUAUUUUCAGAUGACACGAGAAUCGCAUGAUAGUAUUACUGUAAAAAAGCCGCCGGUUCUUUUCAAGGUAGCGGCUUUCCUGAGAACACUAGCAAAUCCCUCAUUAGAAGGCCAGUUUUUCUUUGACAGAGGCUAUCAAAUGAAAUACAUGUUACUUGAGCCAAGCCACUGUUUCAAAAGUAUUAUUGAAGAUGCAAGAUCUGUCAUACUUGCCGGUGGAACCAUGCAGCCAAUAGAUACUUUUUUGAAUGAUCUCAUACCUUCGAUAAGGAAGGAUCAGAUUAGCAUAUUUUCAUGUAAUCAUAUUGUGCCGGACGAGAACCUCAACGCUUUCAUCGUGUCAGAAAACUUUGAAUUCACAUUCGACAAAAGGGAAAGUCAAGAGUUGGUGGAUGACUUAUUCUAUUUUUUAUCCAAUUUGGCAAAAGCUGUUCCCUCCGGGAUUGUGGUAUUCUUUUCCAGUUACAAUUACCUGGAUUUCAUUGUGAAAUCAUGGCACGAAAAAGGGUUCUUCGAUAAGCUAAAUGAAGAGAAGACAAUAUACUCUGAGUCGAGCGACAAUCUAGAUAUCCUCUCGGAAUAUACACAGCAUAUUGAUAAUUCGAAAAAAGGUGCGUUUUUAUUCGCAGUCGUUGGUGGCCGCCUUUCCGAAGGAAUAAAUUUCAAAGAUGACCUUGCAAGAGCAGUUGUUAUGGUUGGGUUGCCCUUCCCCAAUUUGUUCAGUGGAGAAUUAAUAAUGAAAAGAAAGCAUUUGGAGAAAAAGGUUCUCAGUAAAGGAGGGUCUUAUUCAGAUGCUAAGAAUGCAAUUAGGGAGUUUUAUGAAAAUAUUUGUAUGAAAGCUGUGAACCAAAGCAUUGGUCGUGCUAUAAGGCAUAUCGAAGACUACGCUAAUAUAUAUCUCGUGGAUAAGAGGUAUGAGUCCUCUAACAUAAAAAAGAAGCUGUCAGGGUGGGUCAGAAGAAGAAUUAGGCCCGAAUGUUCUCAAGCUGACAUUCUAAAAUGUACAGCUCGUUUCUUCGCUAGAAAAGAGGAGUGCAAAGUCAAAAAGGCAGCCUCAUACUAG